AUGGAGUUAGAUGACGAACCGAUCAAAUUCAUUUCAUUCAACGAGGUUUUUGGGAAUUUUUCGUUUGACCCAGAGGCCUUAAUCCUUGAGGCGAAAAUGUCUGUGACUUUUCUCAUGUCGGACAAAACGGUCGAAUUUAUAAAAAAACGCGGGAUAGUUCUCCACGUCAAUCAUCUCAAGUUCUCAAAAGUGACAUUGGAACUGCAAAAUGCCCCACAAAAUGUCGUCAACUGUGCGUUCGAGGUGUCACCAGGGAUACUAAAUAAUGAUUGUCAGAUUAAUGAGACGCCAACCUAUGACAACUUUGUCUCGAUGUAUAGUGGUAGUGUAGGGUUAUUGACGAUCACAUGGCCGAGCGAACUGCAAAUAGAUUCGAACAACUCAUAUAUUCUGAGAUUUUGUUACAAAACGAAUCACGGGAGUGGAUUGUACGAAACGAAAAACGUCACUGACAAAAUGAUUAUGACUUUAGAUGGGUAUUUAGACACCGCCUCGUGGAUGCCAUGUAUUUGUAAUUCUUUUCAAUUAGUUUGUUAUCAAAUGACGUUUAACGUUCCUGAUAGUUUUGUUGUUAUAUGUAGUGGGACCCCGGACGUUCCGCAAAUUGUUGACAAAACGAGAAUCUUCACUUAUUCACUCAAAACUCGAAUCCCAAUGAAAUCAUUUGGAUUUGUCAUUUCGAGUGCGAGAUUGCUUCCAAUUGAGUCAUCCCUCAAAGUUGGGUUUUUUGCUGAUGACAAAACGGCAAAACGCGCGCAAUUCACGUUUUCAGAAAUAGUUCCCAAAGCUAUUCAAUGUAUUAGAAAAUAUACCGGCACGACCGAAGCUUUUUCAUUGAGUGUAAUAGCGGUAAAAGAAUUGCCACACACCGAGGCCUUAUCAUUUGCUGGUCUUAUAGUAGUAUCCAGUGAGAUCUUAUAUUUACCUGACAAUGCUGACCGAUAUCGGAAAGUGUCAUAUAUCUUAGGUCGUGCUGUAGCGUCACAGUGGGUUGGGCAUUAUAUAAUCCCGAAUAAGAUAAGUGAUGAGUGGAUAACGAUAGGGUUACGGGAUUACUUAGCUGAGCAAUUUGUGAAGUUAGUGAAUGGGCAGAACUAUGUGAAAUACAAAUCGAUUAAAAGUCAAGAGAUAGUGUUAGAGAGGAAGUGGGGGAGACCAUUACAUAACGAGGAACGACUAGUUUUUGCGGAGAUGGAGUUAGAUGAUCAGUUUCGGAGGAAAGUUGAUAUAGCGAUGGGAGUGAUGGAGAACAAUUUAGGGAAAGAUCGGAUGAAGCGAUUAGUGUGUGUGAAAGUCUUUAAUAAUGGCGGAAUGAUCGACGAUUUAAAGAGGAACUUAAAAACGCGGAGUUUUGUGAAGGAAUUGCAAACGCAGAAUUCGUCAUUGAUGAAACAAUUUGAAGAACGAAUUGUGGAUGGGACGGGGUAUUCUAAAAUUGCUGUGAGCUUCUCAUUUACACAACGAAUAGUACAGACUGAUUUUAAAAUUCGGCAAUCGAAGAAAGAAAAAGGAUAUAAUGUCGUUCCCGUAAGGAUCCAUGAAGUCGAACAAACUAUAGAAGACUCUAUUGAAUUGACUGGAGUGGAGACUUUAAAAUCCAUUCCGUGUCAUUCAAGAAUUCGAAAACAAAGGAAACGAACAAUUAAAACGGAUACGGGAGAGACUAUUAUGUAUGAUUUGGACUCAAGAGACUGUAAGAGGAAUGGACAGAGUGAGACGGAUGUAGCGAUUUUGUAUAUUGAGAUUGACCCUGAUAAUGACUACCCAAGGAAGAUUAAGAGGAAUAAACAAUCAUUCUUGGAGUAUAUGUGGCUGACUCAAUUAGAGUUUGUAAGGACAGUGAGAGGACAAUUGGUGACUAUAGAAGGCCUUGAGAAGUGUAACAGUGAAAAGGGGAUUCAAGCAUUAUACGACUUUCUUAUUAACAACCACCGAUGUUUCUAUAAAGUGCAAAUAGAAGCAGCCCACGCGAUAGCUCGGAUGUCGUGUGAGGAGAAUCAGUACUUAGGGUUUAAUCUCUUGAAAACGUUUUAUAAGACGAAUUACUAUGAAGACUCGAUUGGGGUAGUCCCUCUCGACUUCUCUAAUGCACUCAAAUAUGAAAUUCAAAAGGGCCUCAUUGGAGCGUUUGCGGAUGUCAGACUCCACUCAAUCAACGAAAAAAUUAAUUGGGGAAGAGUCUAUAAGAAGAAACAGACAGAAAGACCCCGAGCACUGAGUAAAGUGAACCACCCGGAAGCCGUUCAACUGUUACUUGAAAUAGCAGAGAACUCGACGAAUGAAAAGAACAGCUACCAAGACGGGAUUUUUUUGAAAGAAGUUGUGAAGGCUUUGGGGAAGAUCAAUAGUCCAAAUAAAGAGGAAAAUGUCCGAAUUGAAACUUUUCUGAGAAGAGUGCUGAACAAGGACAAAAUCAUCGCUUCGGAUAGGAACAUCGUGACACAAGCCGUUGUACUCAGUACCCCACAAUUCGCGAAUUUAAGCGUGUUGGCAGCUGUUGGCAAUUUCUUUGAAGUCCGCGUUGUUGCGAUCAAAGAAAUGUUGUUGACAGACCCAGUAAAUGGUCUCGAGGAAUUUGUUAGAGUCCACGAAAGAAUGGACGAAGGAAGAGUUAGGUACGCUCUGUGCGAAAUGGCACUCAAUUUAAAACAAUUCCCGUCACAAGAAGUCAUCGAUAUGCCAAGCUUCAGAACAGCUGGAAAAAGAAUAUAUACAGUGUUGUGUAACAGACAAGAUUUCGUUAGAGACAAAGUCUUGCUGGCAACUGUCUUCAAAAAGUGGUGGGGAAACUCAUUGGCUGAACCUCUUUAA